AUGGUCCUCGCAAAGCAAGCGGUGCUCUGGCUGCUGGCCUCAGGGCUUUCUCUUGCGCUGGGUAGAAGAGCGCAGCCCAUCGAUGCCAAAGUCAUCCACGUCUUCAACCCGGGCAAGACGUGCUCCCCUGGGACGAUGAAAGGGACGGCGCAGAUGAGCGGCGACCAGGGAACGGUGGAAGUGACCUGCUCGUAUGAAGACCACAGCUACUCGGCCUCGAUAGCCCUCUACCCUGGCAGACUCACUGGCGCCUGUUGCUACGUGCCGGACCAGGACGUCUUCCUGUUUGUCCAGGAUCAGCGCACCGAGCCCCUGACCAACUACUCCCUGGACGGCGCAAUCUGCUGCAACGAGGGCGCAGGCCAGGCACCCGCCAGCUUCCUACGGGACAAAUACAGCGGCCGAUGCUCGUACGGCUCCGUUACCCAUGGCUUCCCAACCGACUUCAACCAGGACCUGGUGACCAAGUGCUGCUGGUCGACAUCUACCAACGAAUGGACCGUCCACUUCUCUGAGCUGCAGAAGCACAUCUUCCUCACCGUCCCGCUGACGCAGAAGAUCAAGACCAUGCAGGUUGAACGGGCAGACUUUCACAAGGCCUACAUGGAGCUCACCGUGUCGGUUACCUGGGGCAUCCCCUUGACCGGAGGCACCGAGACGAACCGCAAGACCAUCCGCUUUAACUACGGUAAAAACAUCGACAGCGCCGAAGAGACUAAAGUGAGCCACAACCUGGGAUGGUACCAGGUCACGACCUCGACCAGGAUCGAUGCGGACGGCAAGCCGGAAUUCCUCUUGCACUGGGACUCGUGGCUCUUCUCUCCAGACCUGGGACGCCCUAUCUCCUCUGAAAAGGGGACGGACAAGGUCGAGAUUCCUGCUGGCCGUCUGGACGAGAUUGCACAGUUCCUCAGCACGACAGCCACUCUUUGCUAG